UCGGCUUACUAAAUAGUACCCUAAAAUGAAAGGGGAAGAGAAAGAGGAACAGGGUGCGUCAAUUGGUACUGUUUGGAGGAAAGGGGGAAAGCAGUGGAGGAUCGAUUGAAUUAAAAAAGAAAAGAAAAGAAUGAGCGGCGGAGAUAUACACGCAGCGGCGAGGUCCGGUGACCUUUCAAAACUUCAAUCAAUUCUGGCGUCUAACCCUUUGGCCGUUAAUUCCCGAGAUAAGCACUCCAGAACUCCACUACAUUUAGCAGCAUGGGCUGGGCAAGCACAGGUAGUGAGUUAUCUUUGCAAGCAAAAGGCUGAUGUCGGUGCUGCUGCCAUGGAUGACAUGGGUGCGAUUCAUUUUGCGGCGCAGAAAGGACAUCUAGAGGUUGUCCGAACUCUGCUUUCAUCAGGAGUUUCAGUGAGAGCCACUAAUCGCAAGGGAUUGACUCCACUUCACUAUGCUGUUCAAGGGUCCCAUCUAGAAGUAAUCAAAGUCUUAUUAAAGAAAGGUGCAAGUCUUGAUGCCAAAACAAAAGCUGGGAAAACCCCACUUGAUCUUGCAGUCAGUGAAGAAAUUCGGUCAUUACUGAAAGAACGUGAACAGGCCCCUGAGGAAGUAAAUGCGGGUGGUAAAAGGAAGGUUGAACAACCUGAUUCUUCAAGGCCACCGUUGGAUAAACCGGAAAACUCCAAUGAUGAAGCUACUGCGGCUGAGCAUGACGGGCAAGAGGAGGAGAGUGUAAAAAGGAAAGGUGAUGACAAUAAACCAGAAGGCGUGUCAGAACCUAAGAAACCAAGAGUUGUUCUUAAGCAUCUCAGUGAAGAUGACACUCAGGAAGAUGACGAUACCUAGUGAGGACAACGCUAGAGUGGAAUCCAUGAGCAUUGCUUGAACCAAAAUUUGUUACAAGAUGGUGAAUCAGUUAAUGCAACGCUAACAAUCGGAGUAGUGCUUUAUGAUUAGAUUAUUUACGCUAAGUUUUGGUUUUUUGUGUGUUUUGAUUUGAACCCAGACAUUGCCAUUUUUUUAGUUGUUAGUGGCUAGCAAUUUGACAGCAGAUGCGCUUAAGCAGUUACGCCAAACACAGUCUAUAACAAUUUACUAAAGAUUUGGUAUGCCCUUGUCUUUUGUUUAA